GUCAGGGCUUAUUCCCGGGGAGCGAGGUGUGGGUCUCCAUUCUAGUUUAGCCAUUCGGGACUACUCUUUCCUUCCCGCCUAUUACCCUCUCAUUGGAAGCUACGGGGCCAUAUGAGGACACCCCGCUGGAUUAUUUCGUUCGCUGUCUCUAGGCGUACACCUUAAACGCCCCACCUCCCCCCCCUCCUCCUUGUGCACGGUGGUUUGGUCCAACCUUCAGCUCAUUGUUGCUUGGCGCCGGGUCCAAGAUGGCGCUGUGAGGGUAGCGAGUGUGAGGAGAAGUGAGACCCUGGACCGGCGGGGAGAGGGUGUCUAGCACUGGCCGUAGUAGGACUCCCCAUUUUUGUACAUAGCUGGCGGAUUGGGAUUAGUAUGCUCUCCGGACAUGGGCGAGAAGCUGGAACUCAGGCUCAAAUCGCCGGUGGGAGCCGAGCCUGCCAUCUAUCCGUGGCCGUUGCCUGUUUACGAUAAGCACCAUGAUGCAGCACAUGAAAUUAUUGAAACCAUCCGGUGGGUAUGCGAAGAGAUCCCUGAUCUGAAGUUGGCCAUGGAGAACUAUGUUCUCAUUGACUAUGACACAAAAAGUUUUGAGAGCAUGCAGCGGCUGUGUGAGAAGUAUAACCGAGCCAUCGACAGCAUACAUCAGCUGUGGAAAGGUACCACUCAGCCUAUGAAGUUGAACACUCGCCCGUCCACAGGUCUCCUCCGUCACAUUUUACAGCAAGUCUACAACCACUCGGUAACUGAUCCAGAGAAGCUUAAUAACUAUGAGCCUUUCUCCCCGGAAGUAUACGGAGAAACAUCAUUUGAUCUGGUGGCCCAAAUGAUAGAUGAAAUCAAAAUGACUGAGGAUGAUCUGUUUGUUGAUCUUGGCAGUGGUGUGGGACAGGUUGUCCUUCAAGUGGCUGCUGCUACGGGAUGUAAACACCAUUAUGGAGUGGAAAAAGCAGACAUCCCGGCUAAGUAUGCUGAGGCAAUGGAUAAAGAGUUUAGAAAAUGGAUGAAAUGGUAUGGGAAAAAGCACGCAGAGUACACACUGGAACGUGGAGACUUCCUCUCAGAGGAAUGGAGGGAAAGAAUUGCCAACACAAGUGUAAUUUUUGUGAAUAAUUUUGCCUUUGGUCCUGAAGUCGAUCACCAGCUUAAGGAGAGAUUUGCCAACAUGAAGGAAGGUGGCAGAAUUGUCUCCUCCAAACCAUUUGCACCUCUCAACUUCCGUAUUAACAGCAGAAACCUGAGUGAUAUUGGCACAAUAAUGAGAGUAGUUGAACUGUCACCGCUCAAAGGCUCUGUUUCUUGGACCGGCAAGCCAGUUUCUUACUAUCUGCACACCAUUGAUCGGACUUUACUUGAAAAUUAUUUUUCCAGUCUGAAAAAUCCAAAACUCAGGGAGGAGCAAGAAACAACAAGACGGAAGAAUCAUCGGGAAGGAAAGAGCAAUACCACCACCCCUACAAAAAUUCAGGAGAUCAAGGAUUCUGGAGCAGAGGAAGAGAAGCCAGCUUCUGUGAAAAAGACUUCACCAGCCAAAGCUCGAAGAAAACUUAGCAAGAAAGGUAGGAAAAUGGCUGGUCGUAAACGUGGACGUCCUAAGAAACUGCUUCCAUCAGCUAGUGAGCGCAAGUCCUCCAAAUCCCCUACUGCACUGGAAACUGUACAUUCACAGAAUGGACCUCCCCCUCAGUCCCCAACACAGACAAACCCUCAGGAUACAUACAAGUCACCUCAGAGUCCCUAUUUUCAGCUACCUCCCAAAGUGCAGCGUCAACCUUCCAACCAGUUGUUGUCUUCACCCACACCACCAGCCCUGCAUCAGCUGCUUGAAUCCUUUAGGGUACAGUACUUGCAGCUUAUGUCUUACAUGAAGACUCCGCAGUACAAAGCUGGACUUCAGCAACUGUUAGAAAAGUAAAAGGAGAAGAAUUCUAAUCUCAUUGGUGCAGCUCAUCAGCUUCGUACCCACUGCCAAGCUCAGAAGGAGGAGAUCAAGAAGCGAUUUCAACAGAAGCUGAUGAGAUUUGAUUCUUUUUUUAUUUCUCAGUUGGGAGUCAAGGCCCUUACUUUCAGUGACUUGAUCCAGGCCCAGAAGGAGAUUUUUGCCCACAAUCUUCAAUUGAAAGAACAAAGCCGGCAGCUGGAGCUGGAAAAUGGUGAAUUGAAGAACCGAAGUCUGCUGUUGCUGAAAGCCCGUUGUGAAGAGUUAAAGCUGGACUGGAAUACACUGUCCCUGGAGAAUCUGAUGAAGGAAAAACUGGCACUAAAGAAUCUGAUCUCAGAAAAGCAAAAGCACUGUUUAGAGUUACAGAUCAGCAUAGUAGAGCUCGAGAAGUUUCAGAGGCAACAUGAAUUGCUUCAGCUGAAGUCUACCACAUUGUCAGAGGAUCCACCCCAAAAUAAUAGUCGCUCUAAGGGUAGUUUCGUUGCUCGAUACCCACCAGAGGGAUCACAGACACGUCUGCUUCCUGUUCAAUCAUCCAACAUGAAUGGCAUGAGCCCUGAACCUUUAAUUAAUGGGCAUGCUUCUCACUAUGAACUGUACAACUCAUGUCGUGGUGGAGGAAGUAGGCCUUGCUCUAAAGAAAGCACACCGUCCCGUGUUGAUCACAAUGAUAUGCAUACAUCGCGUCACAAGGGAGAAAAAACUGGCCAGUCUCAACCAGACUAUACUCGUUACUCACCCGCCAAAAUUGCUAUGCGGCGUCACCUUAAUCAGGAUCCUGUGCCUAAUUCCAGAGGCUCUGACACCACUCAUAGAAGUGAAAUGGUGAAAGAAAAUGGCUUUUUGUCUGCGAGUUCUGGAAUCCUAAACGGCAUCCAGUUAAGUCCUCAUGAGUCACGUCCAUCAUCUCCAGAGGCUGGACAGACCUGUGUGGAAAGAGGAACUGAGAAGAUGUCUAGAGAUCGUACCUGUACUCCUAUCCCCGAGACUAUCACCAGUUUGCCUAUUAGUAUUCCGCUAAGCACAGUCCAACCUAACAAACUUCCAGUCAGCAUCCCUCUGGCUAGUGUUGUCUUGCCAAGUCGUGUAGAAAAGAGGAACAGUCCCAGUCCUGGUUGUCAAAGCAGGGACAGCUCAAGUAUGGAUAAUCAAUAUGGUGCUACUACAAACAUCAAUUAUGCUGCUGUCUCAAAGUCACUGGCUACCUCAGGUUUCUUUUUCCCUACCUGGUCAUCUUUGAACGGACCAGUUCUGAACAGCCAUGGAUCAGAGACAGACUGUAUGGAUGACUCUUCAAAUUCUGGCACGCUUUCAAACUCUGGAGGAUCACGGAGUUCCACUCCUUCCCACCACCAACAGAUCUCUCAGCGUUCACCUGCUCACUAUGCCAUAUCGAACAGUCCACGUGCGCAUCAAGACCUUAACAAACUUUCUGGUGAUGGAGAAAUAGACACAAGUGAUGCAGAAGUUGAAGCUAAGAGGCGUAUAAUCUUUACAAUAACCAGUGGAGGAAGUUCCUCGGGAAGGUCACCAUCAAGCAAACAUAGCCCACUCACUGCCACUAUUCGCAUGGAGUGUGGCACAGGGCAGGAUCUUAGAAAAAGAGGAAACCGAAGGAAAAGAUCCUCAACAAGCAGCCACUCAUCAAUGGUUUCACCCAAGCGCAGAUCCCUUCCAGCAUCGCUUGGGCUAAGCGGAUUUACUUCAGGGUCUCCAUUGAACAUAAGCUCCAUGGUUAACAACAUUAAUCAGCCUUUGGAAAUAACUGCUAUUUCAUCUCCAGAGAAUUCUCUGAAAAGUUCCCCUGCUCCAUACCAGGAUCAUGAAUUGCCCCCAGUACUGAAAAAAGAAAAACCCAUUUCUUCCACAAAUGGGGUUCAUUAUUCUCCUCUCACAACAGAGGAUGAGGCAGAAUCUGAAGAUGAAUUCCACAGUACAAGGACAGAAAGGAAGAGCAUCAAUAUGUGUUUUGAGAAUACAGAUUCUCCACAGAGAAGUGAAGGAGAGAGAGGUCUUCCGUAUCACAGCAGAAAAUCCUCUUGCGAGAGUAUAAGCAAAUGGAAAUCUACCUUUUCCCCGAUCUCUGAUGUUGCUCCCAGCCGCACCCCUGACAGCUCUGCUUCACCCCCACGCUACAAAACACAUUUUCUUCUGGAGGAUGGGUCUCGUCGAGGUUUCUGGGGUUUAAGCCCAGGGUCAACUAGUAGUCUUGGUGACCACAAAAGAGUGGAAAUGGGCAAAAUACCAGAUGGAAACUUGUUCCUGAGUAAAAGGUGUGCAUCCGAUGGUGGAAAGAGAGAGGAAAGGGGUCCAUCUACAAGAGUUGAUCGCUCCAAGAGGUCCACGCAGUCGGGAACGGGAUGGGGAGGCGCCGAGCAGGGGAACAACCUAUUUAUGUCACAGGAUCAGGGGUUCUACUGAAUCCCAAGGGCGCCUGGACCUAACCCCCUUCAGUCACACCAAUUCUUAAGCAGCCUGACAGCCGGCUCCCAACUUACACUGCAGAGUAGUCUCAAUUCAGUGGCUAGCAAUCCAGUGUUGCACUCUCUCUUCAAUUCCGUGCCUGUACAUGUUAAUGGCCCAGCCAAUCGUCUAGCUAAUCCCAUGGCAUGGCCAGGUUUUACAUCUCCUGGAGUAACCGGUGGUACAGUAGGAGGUAUUUAAAUGUCUACCCUCAGUUGACU